UCUUUCUUCUUGUCAGAUAUGCGUGUGGCAGUAAUUGGUGCCGGAGUCAUCGGCCUUUCAACGGCCCAAAGCAUAUAUGAGCAGUACCACGACAAGGUCAGUCCACUGACCAUAGAGGUGUACGCGGACCGCUUCACCCCUCUCACAACCAGUGAUGGAGCAGCUGGAAUUUGGCAGCCCUACCUCUACGACAAGGGCAAUCCAGACGAGCUGAAGUGGCUGAAGACAUCAUUCGAUUACAUGCUGAAAUGCCAGUCCUCUGCAAAGGCUAGAGAAAUGGGGAUCUUACUUCAGUCUGGAUACACUCUGUGUUUGGAGUCAGCCCCUGAGCCUAUGUAUAGAGACAUUGUGUUGGGUUUUCGCCAGUUAUCAGAGCGAGAAUUGGAGAUGUUCCCUGGCUACAGUCAUGGAUGGUUCCACACCUCACUUGUAGUUGAGGGGAAGACCUACUUACCAUGGCUCAUGGACUGGUUAACACAGAGAGGCAUUAAGUUUUACAACAAGAAGAUUAAUUCAUUUCAGGAGUUGGCUGACGAUGGAGCUCAGGUCAUCAUUAACUGUUCGGGGGUGCGAUCUGGAGAUCUUCAGCCGGAUCCAGAGCUUCUACCAGGACGAGGGCAGAUCGUGAGGGUGGAGGCCCCUUGGAUAAAGCAUUGGAUUUACACGCACCACUCCACCAAGGGCAAUUACAACUCCCCAUACAUAAUACCUGGGAGCCGCCUGGUGACCGUUGGAGCAGUGUGCCAGGUGGGGAACUGGAGCCAGGUGAACAGCCCUGAGGAUCACAAGAAGAUCUGGGAGGACGCCUGUCAGCUGGAACCCAGCCUUAAACACGCUCGAAUCGUAGAGGUCUGGACAGGAAUCAGGCCUGUACGCAGAAAAAUUCGAUUGGAGCGGGAGUCCAUUCAGUCUGGUCCGCGCGCAAUUGAGGUAAUCCAUAACUAUGGACACGGAGGCUUUGGGAUGACAAUACAUCGGGGCUGCGCUGAAGAGGCUGCCAGGCUCUUCGGAGAGAUCCUGAAGCUGAGACGAUGGGAGACGAAAUCCAAUCUCUGACCCAGCAGAUUAGUGUGGCACCAUGUUGUUGAUAGUUUACGCAGCAUUACUGUAAUGUGACGUCACCUGUAACUCUUGGACUUUAAUGGGACAAUUUUUAGAGACAACAGGAAUGUAUGUAUUAAUGGCAACCAGCAAGUAGAGGUAAUAUUGUAAAAAUUGUGAGAGAAAUGCUUAAGGCAUAAACUAGUAAGACGAAUUGCAUAAGCGAUUCUUCAUAAUCUGUUUUUAAUAACAGCAAUUCUUUAUACAUGGAAAAUGAAUUUGUGAUCACACGGAGAUCGAAGAAGAGGCAUAUGAAAUCCAACCUACAUGUAUGAUAUGACCCAGGGGAUUGGCUUUUUGGGUGGUUGAGUCGUG